AACUCUAAGGAAAUAUCCGAAACAUGGAAAACAUUGUACAAAUAAUGUUUAACAUCUAUCUUGGUAGCUCAGCCUAUAGAACAAUAUUGAUAUUCAAAUAAAAAAAAUUAAUUGUUGCACAUAUUGUUCUUAAAUAUUUGUACCAGUGGUCUACAAUAAAUGUUUGUAACAAGUCAAAUUUAAAGCCAGUCAGACGACAAUGAUUACGAUAUACACUACAACUUGUCACAGUUGUUAAAUAAGUCCGCAAGACUACACGAUAACCCUUGACCCAAUUAUGAGGCAGUGUGUAUCACGUAUGAGGUAAUAACACACGACGUUGGUUACACACUGCGCAGCUAGGCAGCCAUCAGUGGCUUGGAUCUACAAGCAAGUUUAUGACAGAAGAGUAUCUUAAGAUCUGCAGAGGUUGUAAUUUUACAACGUUGCUUAUUGUUACCUGAAUGUCUUCACACUUCUGGAUACAUAGAGAUCAAUGGGACUAGUAGCAUCCUACUUUACCAACAAACUUGACCGUUUUUAUGGCCAACAUGAGGUUGACAAAUUCUCCGGCGAGGCUGAAAUAUCAUGUCUACCAGAAGAUUGCAAAAAGUCCAAGGGACACAAAGAUAUGAUACCAGUGUAUGAGUUUACCAAAGAUCAUCUGCCCGAACGUUAUAGAGAUGAGGAUGAGAUCUACAAGCUCGCCCAGUCUAUCGCUUAUUUAACGGUCAGGCUGAGAACCUCCUUCGUCAGCAAAAAGAGGCCGAGAUACUUACCGAAGACAAACUAUGACUACCCUUUGUUUGAGAGCAGGGGCGAGAGCUGCAUGAACACCGGCUCGGGUAGAGUCUGCGACGUGGUGAGAAACACAACUGGGAGCUGCUCCUGCAAAAAGUGUAAAGACUCUGGCAACCCCAGUAAGCUGUGGUGGACCAUCAAAAUCUUCACGGCCACCCACGUCGUGUACGAUAAAGACGAGGCUGAGGCAACGACUUGCACGCUGUUCUUUGAAGGCAAAGAGAGCAACAGGAAGCGAGUAGACUUUGAUGGGUGCAAAAAGAUUUGGCUGGAUGUGAGCGGAGACCUUUGCCUGCUGGAGACACCAACCUGCGAUGAGACGCUGGCUAAAGAGCUCUUCGCUGAAAUCAAACAGUUCAACGUUUAUUGGAAGUCUUUGAAGAAAAAGUACCAAAAUGACGAGGAAAAAGAAAAACUAAUUAUUAUAGUGUCCCACCCACACGGUCAAGAAAAACGCAUUUCUCUUGGGCUUGGGCUUGACAUUGGUAAACAGAAAAAACUUGGAUACAGCAAAUUUAUAUACACAACUCCCACAUGCCCCGGCACGAGUGGCGGUCCCGUGUAUGUCCUGGGUUACGAUUGGUUCAAAACUGAGUAUGUACAUGGCGGAGCAAUUCUAGAACCAAUCAGUGAUUCGGACUCAUCCUCUGACUCUGAAGGCGCUAUGAAUCUUGCGUCCCAAAAACUUUCUGAUUUGUUCCCUUCCUAUGAUGAGUCCUCUGUAAUGCCAUUAUCAUAUUCCUCUAUUUACAUACAUACUGACAACUCAGAAAAUUAUAGUCUAGACAAUUCUUCGAUUCAAUCUUUGCAGUCAGGUGAAAUACAAGACCUAGACUUGAACAUGAGGCCUGAGAGUUCCAAUGACUCCAAUUACUUUUCAGAUACUCAAUCCCACAAUUCAGCCUAUUCAAACGAUACAGUCUCAGAUAAGAGAGUAAAUGCUAACAUGAAAGCAAUGUCUCUUGCUACAGCAAUGUCUAACUCUGAUAUUCCAUCCGAUUCCAUUUCUGAUGACCUCACAUCCGUGUCAAAUGCUGAUACUACUUCUAGUUCUAAAUCUAAAUUUGGGAAGUAUUUCAGAUUUUCUAAUUACAGUGCAAGAUGGUACUAACAUCAACAUACUUGGAACAUUUGGGGACUUUUCACCAAGUGUACCUUUAUUCUCCAUCGAGUCAAUGUACUUGUAAAUGUACAUCUAGUCCUCUUCAGAAACAAGCUGUUACAUUGAUGUAUUGUUUAUUGUCUUAUAAUGGUCGCUAUACGAUCUCCUCUGUCUGUCUUUCGUGUCCUUUGAAAUACACAAACUCUCAUACUCAGUAUCCAAUUCAAACUGAAACUUUCAAUAAUUAAAUAAAUGUAACUAACUCUAAAUGUGUUGCACAAAAUAUUUUACAUUUAUAGAGGUUAUCUUUAACGUAUUUAUCCAUAGUGCUAAUAGUUGACAUAUAUCAGUGCUAAUAGAUGUAUUAUGUAAAUUUGUAUAACUCAUUUUCAGUUUGCUACAAUACGUCAUACUUAUUGUCUUUCUUGCACACCAUUCGUUCACACAGUGUAGCAUAAACAACUAUUGGUUUAAAAACAUAUUUUAGUUGUUUUUUUUUUAAUUUAUCAAUUGCUAUGUAAAUUGAUCAUCGUUGAAAAGGUUUCUUUACACCCAAACAUUCUGUUUGUGUUGGUACUUUACUGUUAUUCUAUUUGUGUCAGACGUUCUUGUGCUGAUUGAUACCUCUAGUGAUAAAGAUUUGGUGUAGAUGUUACUGGGGAAAGUACGAAAUUCUGUUGUGGUGAUAAAAGAAAAGAGAAUUGUGAAAUGUCUUAACGAAGAGGAAAAACGAUGGAUAGUGGAGUAAAAACAGACUCAUAGACAUUUUAUGUUCCAACUAGGUGUUUUCUCAUUACAUCUCUUGUUCUUUUUCCACAAACUAUUUUUUAAGGCAAAUGUUUUGUUCAUUUUGACUAUUUAUUAACUUAUUAAGUAAAAGAAAAAAUAAUCUAUUCAUAUAGAUUUACUUUUUUGUUUUUAAAUAUAUAUCUUGUAAUAUUA